UUUCCUUGGUUCCUCAGUUAUUUUCUUCAAUUCCUCUCAGUUUCUCUCUCAAUUCUCCCAGUUCCUCCCCCAGUUCCCCCCAGUUCCCCUUAUUUUCCUCAAGUCCUCCCUCAGUUUCCCCACAGUUCUCCCCAGUUCCCCCUUAUUUUCCUCAGUUCUCCCUCCUCAAUUCCUCGCCCUCCCCCAGUUCUCUCCCUCAAUUCCCCUCAUAAUAUUCCCUCAAGUUCUCCCUCAUUCUCAGUUCCUCCCUCAUUCCUCUCCCCCACACAUUUUUUCACAUAAAUUAUAUAUUUUUCUAUAUUUUUUUUUUCCAAGUUGAGUCACCCCAACAAUAACCUCUCCCUCCCUCCCUCUUUUAACAUUUCCUCACAUACACAUUUUUCAUCUUUUACGAAAUAAGCUCCCUCAAAAAUUUUUAUAGACGGGGCAAAAUAUAAAAUAAAAAUAUUAUGAUUGCGCUCCUUUUGGACAUUGUUGUCGUUUCUUUGAUUUUUCUCUUUUUUGCUUCCUACCACCGCCUAUUUUCGAGGCGAACAAAUAAAGGCUUAAUACAAACACAAAAAAGUUGGGGAACAGUUAUAGCUACUACAUUUAAUAAAACUACAAAUAAAGUCAAUAAUAAUAAUAAUUUUAAUAAUAAAAUGCCUAGCACGGCGAAAGAAAAUUUAAUUGAACAACAUAAAGGUGAGUAA